AUGUCCUCGUCGUCGCGCAAGAUCUCAUCCGAGUCGUUCAGCAGCUCGGUGGGCUCGGACUGCGGGCUCGAAAGCCCCGGUGGAGACGGAGGGGACGGCGGUUUGGAGCCGGCGGAGGAGAGACGAGGCUGCCCCUUCUCCUCCCUCCACUCGUCCCACGGAGCGGUGCUCUGGAACAGCCGCAGCUCCGCCGAGAGGCCGGCGUGCCCGGCGGGCGAGGAGCAGCAAGGACCCGGUGGUCCACACAAGAGGGUCACCAGGAGGAGACGGGUGAACCUGGACUCUCUGGGGGAGAGCCUGAGGCGACUGACCUCACCCACGACACAGACUGUUCAGGAGGCUCUACAGCGAACUCUACAAUUCUACAGACUACAAGAGAUCAGGUGUCAGGAAGUUGGCUCUGAGGAGGGGCGAAGAGAGAAGAGAGAAGAAAAGUGCCCAUUUCUAGAAAAUUCUGGUUCAGAAGAAGAUGUCCUACAAAUCCUACAGUACAUGGCAACCAUACUGGGAGUACCAUUCUGUGAGCUGCGAGAACAUUUCGGAGAAGAGUUCUUUAGCCUCUGCUUUGAAGAAAAUGAACGAGUGCUUCGGGCUGUAGGCGGCAACCUCCAGGACUUCUUCAAUGGCUUUGACGCCAUUUUGGAACACAUUCGCACCUCCACAGGGCGACGUGCCUCAUCCGAGAGCCCCUCCUUCCAGUGCAAAGAUCUCUAUGAAGAGGAGAAAGGGAGAAGAAAAUUGGAUAAAGUUGGAGAGCGAGGAGAAGGAGAUGGAAGAGGGAAAGUGUUGCUUCUUCAUUGUUUCAACCCUGCCUCUGUUGUUGGCUUGGUAAUGCCAGGGUUUAUCAGAGCUGUUGCCAGGCGGAUCUUUCAUUCAGAAGUCGAAGUGGAAGAAGUGCCACCUCUAACUCCUUUAUUGCCCAAUGAAGACACAGAACACACAGACGGAGACUCCACAACACCCACCCCGACUGCGUCCCCGACUGCCACGCCAUCCUCGUCCCCGUCCCCUCCCUCUCCUUUCCUAACCUCUGUUCCCACAGUUUGCUUGUCCUUCCAAAUCCUGGAGACAUGCCCUCCUUCCAUCGCCUCCCUCCCAAAUGCUGCCACAGUGAGCACUAAACGCCUUUCAUUUUCCACCGACCCAAGUGAUCUGUGCAUAGGCCUGGCCACGUUCUGCCGUGCUUUUCCAUUUCACCUGGUCCUAGGCCCUCGCAUGGAGCUACUGCAGCUUGGAGAAGGAUUGAGAAGACAGGCUCGCAUUGAGCCUCACCGGACCCUCUUGUUCAGGGACUUUUUUGAGAUUGUCUCACCGAAGAUGGAGCCUUCGUUCCAGGGCAUCCUGCUGAGACUUGCAUCCCCAUUUACCAUCCGCACCAGGCCUGAUACCACACAGUCUGACACCAAGGAGAAGGUUAUGGAGUUGAAGGGUCAGAUGAUCCAUGUGCCCGAGUCCUGCUCCCUGAUGUUUCUGGGUUCGCCACGGGUUGAUAAGUUGGAGGAGCUCAUGGGCAGGGGCCUCUACUUGUCGGAUAUCCCUAUCCAUGAUGCCACACGGGACGUUAUCCUGGUGGGGGAGCAGGCCAAGGCCCAGGAUGGCCUGAAGAAGAGAAUGGACAAGCUUAAGGCCACAUUAGAGCGGACUCACCAGGCACUGGAGGAGGAAAAGAGGAGAACCGUGGAUCUCCUUUAUUCCAUCUUUCCAGGUGAUGUGGCACAGAAACUGUGGCAGGGUCAGCCAGUGCCCGCUCGCAAAUUUGAUGAUGUGACCAUGCUGUUCUCAGACAUCGUGGGUUUUACUGCUGUGUGUGCCCAGUGUACACCUAUGCAGGUCAUCUCCAUGCUGAACGAGCUUUACACACGCUUUGACUACCAGUGUGGCAUUCUGGAUGUUUAUAAGAUCGAAACAAUAGGCGACGCUUACUGUGUGGCAGGAGGACUUCACAAGAAGGUUGAUAGUCAUGCAAAGCCGAUUGCACACAUGGCUCUGAAGAUGAUGGAACUUUCUGAGGAAGUGCUGACACCUGAUGGGAAACCUAUCAAGCUACGGAUAGGUAUCCACACCGGUUCGGUGCUGGCAGGCGUGGUUGGGGUUAAAAUGCCACGUUAUUGCCUGUUUGGGAACAAUGUGACACUGGCCAGCAAGUUUGAAUCGGGCAGCCAUCCGAGGUGUAUCAACGUUAGUCCCACAACGUACCAGUUGCUGAAAGACGACCGUUCUUUUUCAUUCGUCCCUCGCUCACGGCUGGAACUCCCAGAUAAUUUCCCCAAAGAGAUUCAAGGGACAUGUUAUUUCCUGGAGGCGGGGACAUCUCACAGCCACGCCUCAUUGACCAGCUCACGCUCUGCUCCCCCGGCCUCUAUGAGGAAAGUCUCCUACAGCAUUGGGACCAUGUUUCUAAGAGAAACAAGUCUGUAGGUCCCAUACACAGACUAGGAUACACAGGUAUUCAUUAUGUGAGAGGCUGGAUUUGAACCUGUGGAACAUGCAGGAUAUGGAUCACAUGGAUCUUGGGAUAUGCAAGGCAUUCUAUUAAAACUUGGAUUCAGACCUUAGAUGGCCUAUAUGAACGAAACUUUAAAAAAAAUGCUCUCAUUAUCCUGAAAAAGAACAACAUGCCCUCAUUUUUUCUGAGCGAUGGAGAUAUAGUUCAAAAGACUUGAGGAUCAGCAACUGUGCUAGUCUCACAUGGACUCUUCCCUAAGGAAGUGUACUGAUUGGGUCAAUUAGCAGAGAAACCUUAAUAUAAAACAUAGCGAUCGAGCUGAAUUCCUCAGCUCUGUACCUGGUUUCUAGUUCUCUCCAAUGGUCCUCUUUCACAAACAGCACCAUAACGUGGUCUAGAGGCAACAAUGCUAGGAGAAAACCCGGAGAGGGACCAUUUACAUGACCGUGGUUGCACUCAUUAGUAACGUAAAAGUGCAAAAAGAACAAAUCCACUUUCCAUCAACAUCAAGUGGAUGCAAAGGAAUUACGUUGUAUGGACUUUAAGAAGAUGGCAACACAUGUUGGCUGUACAUCAUGGCCUCUUGUACGAGAAAGACCAUGACUGAGGACAAUACAGCCACCCUUGCAACUGUCCCUAAAUCAUGUCAUGCUUUACCAAACACACUUCUAACAUCUGCUGCUCGUUACAUCCAUCAGUCACAUCUAGAACCAGUGUGUCGGUGUGGGGAGCGAGGAAUGAGAAUCAUAAACGAGGACAAAAGUUUGAACAGGGGUCGUCAAAAGACAAAUGCUAAAAACACUCGUACUAAGCUGACCUUGGAACCUUUUCUGCUUUUGACCCACAGCAAACUAUAACCAACAACAAUCCAGCUAUUUCAUUGCAGGUAAUAUGUUUAGGACUGAAAAUGAUUCCCAGCUCAGUGCCUUUUUACUGCUCAAGUCAGGACAAAUACAAGAUGGGUUUGUUUUGAAUAUUUGAAAAAACCAACAACACAAGGAGCGCUUCAUUCAUCUUGUUUUAAGACUUUCUUUUAUGACACUUAUAUAUCCAGAGGAGGGUGCGAGAUUUAAAUGAGGGAAUGACAUGUGCCAAAGUUUCUGAGCCUCAUUUGGAGCUGUGAUGUUGCAACUCCUGGCACCAAGCUGUCAGGAGUCCCAACUGGUUGUGUCUAUAAUUUUGAGACAACCAAGAGUGACUGGCAAGAUAAAUCAAGCGCUUCUCAAAUAGUUCAAAUAUUUGAAAUUCUAUUCAUCUGUUGCUUUGUU